AAUAAUUUUCCGCGGAAACAAUAGCAAAUAUCAGCGUUUAUUUGCGCAGGGGCCGCUGGCGGGGCGGGGCGAGGCGAGGGCGGCUCAGCCCGCACAAUGGGGGCUUUGUUGGACGCACAGGGCUCCUCUGUGCCGGCGCCGCCGGGCUCUGCCCCGCUCCCCCGCGCUCCCGGGCGGCGGAAAGCACCGUCACAUCAGAGGGAAACGCGAGCCGGGUUUAAAGCACACCAUGGAUACCACCGGCCACAGCGUCCUCCUCCUCCAGCAGCUGAACAUGCAACGGGAGUUUGGCUUUCUGUGUGACUGCACAGUUGCCAUUGGAGAUGUUUACUUCAAAGCCCACAGAGCGGUGCUCGCUGCUUUUUCAAACUAUUUUAAGAUGAUAUUUAUUCAUCAGACGAGCGAGUGCAUAAAAAUUCAGCCUACAGACAUCCAGCCUGACAUAUUUAGUUACUUGUUACAUAUAAUGUACACUGGGAAAGGGCCAAAGCAGACUGUCAGCCAGAGCCGGCUGGAGGAAGGCAUCCGCUUUCUGCACGCAGACCACCUCUCCCACAUCGCCAUCGAGAUGAACCAGGCCUUCUCCCCAGAGCCGGUCCAGUCCUCCAACCUGUACGGGAUCCAGAUCUCCACGGCACACAAGCUGGCAAAGGAGCGCCUGGGAGCGAAGGAGAGCCUGCCCAAGGCGGGCGGCCGGUCUGCGGCCCAGGGCGAUCACCCCCAGCUGCAGCUGUCCCUGGCCAUCGGCCUGGACGACGGCCCCCUGGACCAGCAGGUCGCCCGCCCCUCGGCCCAGCCCGCGGCGCUGGCCAAGCCGGCCGAGGAGCGCCCGAAGCUCUCGGUUUCCAUAAAGCAGGAGAGGUGCGACUCGGAGCCCAUGGUGUCCCAGAGCUGCACCCCUCCUUCUCCAGAGGUAGCGAGCCCCAUCCUUGCCAAGGGCAGCCUCAAGGUGCACUUGUGCCACUACUGCGGGGAGCGCUUCGACUCGCGGGAGGGGCUGCGGCAGCACCUGCACACCCACGUCUCGGGCUCGCUGCCCUUCGGCGUCCCGGCCUCCAUCCUGGAGAGCGGCGACCUGGGGGAGGUGCAGCCUCUGGCUGAGGACAGGGAGCCUGGGGAUGGCCAUCGCCUCGGCGCCUUCCUUCUCAAGGAGGAUGAACACCAGCUGGAGCAUCCGAGCUGCAGCAACCUGGAGCCUCUGCAGAUCGGGCAGCUCUCCCUCAUCUCCAAGGACCACGAACCGGUGGAGCUGAACUGUAACUUUUCUUUCUCGAGAAAAAGAAAGGUCAGCUGCAGCGUCUGCGGCCGCACAUUUUUCCGGAAAAGCCAGCUGCUGGAGCACAUGUACACGCACAGAGGGAAGCAGCACAAGUACAGCCGCUGCCAGCGGCUGGAGAGCCCCAGCACCCCCAGGUUUCACCCUUACUGUGACAGCGAGAAUGUGGGUAAGAGCUCCAGCUUGUCCCAGGACCACUUAGAUGAAUGUAUACUGGAGCCAGAUCUCAUCCAAGAAAGCGUCGAUACGAUCCUGGUAGAGUAAUUCUCCCCCUUCAGAUGCUGAAGCUGGAUGUUUUGGCAUUCUCCACCUAGGGAGUGGCUGCUCUGUGCAGCUGAAUUUCUUGAGCCACCGUUCCCCUCACUGCUGAGAUAACUGUGAAGGACUGUGUACUUUGACUUGUGUACUUGCUUUUUUUUACUUCUCUAACUUUUAAACUUGAGUUAAUUCCCAUCUAAGUCAUUCUUGGAAGCCUCUGUGUAACUCAGUUAUGUUUUUCCUGAAUGUGAGCUUAUUCCUACUCUCCUUUACUGGAGUAAAGGCUGUAUUGCUGGGUGUGAGGUUUAAACAUUGUCUAGUAACUCUGUGUGGUGCCUAGGACUGUUUGUAUCCCAUAGAAUUGCUCUUCUGAAACCAGAUGGAUGGAAGUGUAGAGGGAAAUACUUACUGUGUUUCCCAAACAGUUUGUUUAUAAUGAAAAUAAAUAUCUCAAGGAGAUGAAUCCUGAA